AUGUUGGAGGCGGAGGAGAAAGAAGACCAACUAAGGCACGAAUUGCUGGCCUGGCUCUCGGAGCUAGACUUUGAUAAAGACCAUGAGCGCAUCUAUAGCAGGAGGCACGGGGAUACUGGAAAUUGGCUUAUUGACUCCUCUAAGUUCAAAGAUUGGGAAGAUUCUAAAGAAUCCUCAUUACUUUGGUGUUACGGAACUCCUGGCGUUGGAAAAUCUAUUUUAGCGUCCCUAGUUCUAGAAACAAUCUCUGCGAAAUAUUCGCUAAAUAGUCGGAUCGGGGUAGCAUUAGUAUACUUCAACUUUCAAGAGCAGGGGGUUCAGAAAUCAAUUAAAGUGCUCUCCACAAUGAUCAAGCAACUCGCCCGCCAGAAGAAAGUACUACCAAAAGAGUUGAAACAUUUCUACAAGCAGUACUACCGAGAGGCUAGUUUCCCAACUGAAGGGAAGCUCGACGCACAGCUCGCAGAUCUCUCGGCGAGUUUUGAUCAAGUUUUUCUUGUCAUGGAUGCGAUGGAUGAGUUUGAAGACCGGGAGGGCUUCCUACCAAUCAUCAGUAGAUUUGCACAGGGCUCCUCCUCCAUCCACGGUCCGCCCCGGAACGGUUCCACCCUAUUCAAAAUCUUUGUCACCAGUCGUAGAGAAAAGGAUAUCGAGAAAACUUUCACUUCAUGCAACUUUCCAACAAUCCAAAUAGAGGCAAAGAAGGUUGACGCUGAUAUUGAAACCUUCAUUCAAUACCAGUUGAAGGAAAGAUCCGGAGACGUGAUCAUGGACCAGAAACUAAAAGACAAGAUUGCGAAAGCCCUUAUCUCCAAGUCGAGUGGAAUGUAA